AAGAGACACAGGUGUCGCAGAACGGCGGGUCACGAACAUUAUUUACAGCCGCUGGCUUCCGUCCGUCAACCGGUGUCCAUACCACCGCACCAACGAAUGGGUCACCGUCACAUCCGCGACGAACGCGAAACCAGCUACCGCGAUACCCGAGCCACCAUGCGCACCAACCUCACGCCAGCCCAACCGGAGUGAAGCGAAUUUGUUUUGUUUUUCACCGUUGCCAUGGUGAAAGUGUUGUAUGUUUCUUUCUCUUCUUCUAGACUUCACGGUCCUUCUCUUUGCACAAGCCAGUGUUCUUUGACUUUGCUAGGACUCACACAGCAGGCAGGCACGGACAGUUCUGGUCUCUGGGGCCGAAGCUAGGCGUGGAACAGUACGGAGGGUACAUUCGAGAGCAAGAAAGCAGGACAUUCGGCCGUAACAAACGUGCUGUAACCAGGAUCCGCGAAGGAAGUCCGCUAAAAGUUGCUAAAAUAUUCACAUCCGAAAGAAGAAGAACAUCCUCGAAGCGGGAAAACCGGGAGUUGUGCCAAUGGUUGUGGUCAGUUGACGGUUACACUCGGAACUCUUCGUUCACAGUGCUUGGUGUGUUAAAUGCAUGGUGGAAAUAGUUGGUGUAGUUGAAGCAGCUUGCCGUGAGCAAAAAAUCGAACGAACGGAAUCUAUGUACGUGCCCCGUACCAUCGUCAAGUCAAGCGAUCGAUUUUUGGCUCAUUGAAUUCUGCACCCAAAACGGGCGAGCGCGAGAAGGUGCAGUUUGUGGUUUUCUCCCGUCCGUAGAAUGAGCCCGGUAAGCGGAAGCAUUCCAGUUGCUACCUGAUGAGCUGCUUCUGUUAUCCCUGAAGGACUUAGCACCGUACCAGUGAUGCCAGUGAUCGUAAUUAGUGCACAAGAAGCCAACACGGAGAUAGUCUUGUACGAGUUGUGUGCUCUGUACGCGGAUGUUAGCAUCUAGUCCCAACACAAACAAACUACAGUGGAAAAAGAGGUUGUCCCUUAUCUGGAUUAGUGUUGUGUGGCAAUCGACACCGCUAGCUACUCGCGGAACUGAUCGACACAGGCACGAUACUGGAAAUUAAACGGAAUACGAACACAACCCACCAACAACCCGCCACCAACGGUACCAACGUGGCGGUCCGUAUGGACAAAUGGUUCGGGGAGAAACGGUUGUGGUUGUUUGGUAAUCAUUUACCGCUACUACCACGCAGCAAUCUACCCUUCCGAUGGACAUCCGGCGAGUCGAAAGCAGAAGGAGUUAUCAAAGCCAUACAGGAAAGCAUGUUCGUCCUGUCGACACUCUUUUCCAGAUCGCGCGGCAGCAGUAGAAUGGAUCGGUACGAAAAGCUCAGCCGGCUGGGCGAGGGUUCGUACGGGGUGGUGUACAAGUGUCGCGACCGGGAGACGGGUUCGCUCGUCGCGGUCAAGCGCUUCGUCGAGUCGGAGGACGAUCCGGCCAUACGGAAGAUAGCGCUGCGCGAGAUACGCCUGCUGAAGAACCUGAAGCAUCCGAACCUGGUCUGCCUGCUGGAGGUGUUUCGGCGGAAGCGCCGGCUGCAUUUGGUGUUUGAGUUUUGCGAGCACACGGUCCUGCACGAGCUAGAGCGACAUCCGGAGGGUUGUCCCGAUAACCUUACAAAGCAGAUUACGUACCAAACGAUCCAGGGCGUCGCCUACUGUCACAAGCAGGGCUGUCUGCAUCGGGACAUCAAGCCGGAAAACAUUCUACUCACCGCUCAGGGACAGGUGAAGCUAUGUGAUUUUGGAUUCGCGCGAAUGCUCAGUCCGGGUGAAAAUUAUACAGACUAUGUAGCAACGCGAUGGUACCGCGCGCCAGAACUGCUGGUCGGCGACACACAGUACGGUACACCGGUGGAUGUUUGGGCCAUCGGGUGUGUAUUCGCGGAGCUGGUACGCGGUGAUGCUCUCUGGCCCGGGCGCAGUGAUGUCGAUCAGCUCUACCUGAUCCGACGCACCCUCGGCGAUCUUCUACCUCGGCAUCUGGCCAUUUUCAAUCAGAAUGAGUUCUUUAAGGGUAUAACGCUUCCAGUGCCACCGACACUGGAAACACUCGAAGCCAAGAUGCCAUCACGUACCUUAGCGAAUCCGUUGAUGAUGGAUUUUCUGAAGAAAUGCUUGGACAAAGAUCCAGCCAAACGCUGGUCCUGUGAGCGGUUGGCAACGCACCAGUACUUCGAGGACUACAUCACCAAACAGAAGGAGAUCGAGCAGACGAUUACGAUCGAGCAGAAGCAAACGGGCAACCGGGAGCUAAAGCCGAAAACUUCAAACACUUCGCUCCCGCAGCUACCCGGCACACAGGAGUCCCGUGUACCGCAGAAGAAUCUUUUCCUACGGUCCGAUCAUCACUUGCCAACCAUAUAAAAGAGAAGGUGCUGGAGGGUACGCUGUGGCUUACGUUCGUGCUCCAGUUUGUUUGCUCAGCUGCACCGCUCGCGUGCCUCGGUAGACUGUCCAGUAUGAGAGAAAAGCAUCAGCAUCACUAGCAGCAGCAGCAGCAGCAGCAGAAACGUGGCAGAUGCGUUCUUGUCGGUUGUACUUUGUUCUGUUACGCCUCUGUUACUGUCCCCCAAUCUCCAAUUUUUCGUUUCAUUUUUGUUCAACGCGCAACUUCUUGACAGGACUGAACAAAUAUUUAACUGCAAUGAUAUUGAGUAAAAACGUAUCUUCAAUA